AUGAACUUCCACAAGAGGUGUGCUUACAAGAUCCCGAACAACUGCAACUACUCCAGGCAGAGGAGGUUGUCCUCGGGCAGUAGCAACCAGGGAUCUCCAAACGCCGCUGAAGAUCAAAUCCCAUUGGCCAGUGCUCUGAGCUCGUCCGCGAAAAGUGAUUCGGGCAGUCGGAACAGUCGAUCGAAAUCAUGGAGUGGUCGACCACUGUGGAUGGAGAAAGAGUAUGCCUGGAGGAUCAAGGUGCCACACACGUUCAUCUACCACAACUACACCAGACCCACUGUCUGCCAGCACUGUAAGAAACUUUUGAAGGGUCUUUUCAGGCAGGGAUUACAGUGCAAAGACUGCAAGUUCAACUGCCACAAGAGGUGUGCACCACUCCUGCCAAAGAACUGCCCCGGAGAGGUCAAGUGGGGUCACGGAUCUCAGACGUACGGCUCGCAGGACAGCACGGAAUUGAACGACCUUGACAGUUCAGCCGACCUUGACCUCUCCUUAUCACACGACAGCAAACAGAUCGAGGAUGAUGUUGCCGAGGAAGAUGAUAAUGAAACGAUGCAGAUGGCUCCUCCCCCUGUUUGCAUGACAAACAGUUCCAACAUUCCUCUGAUGCGUGUCGUCCAAUCAGUGAAGCACAUGAAGAAGGCCGGUUCAAAGGUCAUUCGGGAAGGGUGGAUGGUACACUUCACUAACAGGGACAAUACUAGGAAACGACAUUUCUGGAGGCUGGAUGUCAACACUAUAACUCUUUAUCAAGAUGAGAACACUUCUCGAUAUUAUAAGGAAAUCCCUCUGUCUGAUAUCACGUAUGUCGGCCAGUCGAGCCCUGCAGCUACUACUGCCACUGCCGCUACCACCAACAUUGCUACUACUAUCGCCACAAACAGCAACAACACAGCGAAAACAAAAACAUCAUCUACAAAAACAUUAUCGGCAAAAUCGUCGUCGACAUCAACUUCAACGGUGUCAACCACAGCAACAGCUGCCACAGCAAUAUCGAGAAACAUUUUGUUGAUGACGUUUAAUUCGACGUCAUCAUCUUCCGCCAGCUCUCCUGCCAGAUCUUCAACAACUAUUCCCGAGGAGGUAGAACGGAACCCCCACGUCUUUGAAAUUCACAUCACUGGUGGGUACCUGUGCCUAUGCCAGGGCGGUAGUGAGGAGUAUGUAUCAUCGACAGAAAGCGGAAUUGGACUGGAGCAAGCGAGGAACAUGGAGGCAGCCAUCCACCAGGCCCUUCUCCCUGUUACCCCAAAACCCAGCGUUGAUAGCGACAAAGAUUCGCAGGCUACCAGCACGAACGUGAAGAAGGAAGAGAUUCUGGAUGUCAGUUUAUUGUAUCAGAUAUUUCCAGAUGAAAUUCUUGGAUCCGGACAGUUUGGCGUCGUCUACGGAGGUAAAUGUCGACGCGACGAAUCAGAUGUUGCCAUAAAGGUCAUCGACAAGUUGAGGUUUCCAACGAAGCAAGAGGCCCAGUUGAAAAAUGAAGUCGCCAUCUUGCAGGAUUUAAAUCACCCUGGUGUUGUUAACCUUCAAAAAAUGUUCGAAACAAAUGAAAGGAUAUUUGUGGUGAUGGAGAAGCUGAAGGGUGAUAUGUUGGAGAUGAUUCUAUCGAGUCCUCGGGGCAGGUUAUCCGAGAGGGUUACUAAGUUCCUCAUAUCGCAGAUCCUAACAGCACUGAAGCACCUGCACUCUCUGCAUAUUGUCCAUUGCGAUCUGAAGCCUGAGAAUGUUCUCCUAUCUUCUGAGACUCCAUUCCCUCAAGUUAAAUUAUGUGACUUUGGCUUUGCUCGGAUCAUCGGUGAGAAAUCCUUCAGGAGAUCUGUUGUCGGCACUCCAGCUUACUUAGCUCCAGAGGUAUUGACCAGCAGGGGUUACAACAGAUCAUUAGACAUGUGGUCAGUCGGAGUUGUUAUUUACGUCAGCUUGAGUGGCACGUUUCCCUUCAACGAGGAUGAAGAUAUUCCCGCCCAAAUUCAAAACGCGUCAUUCAUGUUUCCCGCCAACCCGUGGAAAGAGGAUUAUCAGUGCUGGUGUGACCUGCGUAAGUUGGAGUCGCAGGUGGGACAGCGCUACUUGACGCACGAAUCAGAUGACGAGAGGUGGGAGACCUAUCGCAAGGAGAACCGUCUGCCCGCCUGGGAUUUGUAUGGACACACUGGUGUAUCGAAGGAUGAUGUCUUCGCGUUCAGCCGAAACGUCAGGCACCCCCCACCACAACAACUGGUCCAACAAUACCAACAGUACCAACAACACAAUCAGCAACAAUUUUUCCACAUGUAA